CCACCUUCACCACUGAGGGGACAUGCUCAGACAAUAACCAGGGUGGUGCUCAAUGCAAUGGAAGACCUUUUUAUGGAGGACUCUGACCUAUUUCUCAAUGAACUUUCUACCUGGCUUGCAGUUGAACAUGACAUCACUAUCAGUAUCUCAGCACUCAGUUGCACCCUAAAUGAUGUGGGU